CCAAAAACCUGCUCGUCUCUCUCUCAUCUAAAGUAGUGAGAAUCCUGUCUCCUUCACUGCUUUUUUCUCCCAAAAACAAAUCCCUAACCCUAACAACCAAGCCUCAACUCUUUGCCGCAUUCUUCGAUUUCUUCACCGGCUGUGGCGGUCCCUUCGCCCUUUGCGAUCAUCAGAUGUGGUGCCACAUCCGAGAAUGGGGCAAUUUUCGCCAUCGAUUCAAUUCAUACGACAUUUCCUUUAAUGCUGUCCGUAUUCUGGGCAUGGAUAACUACCCAGGGGAGGAUCGACGUGUCGGAGGAGUAUCUGAGGUCGACGAUCAAUUACGUGGAGAUGGAUCGGCCUAUGAGGCUGGAGUUCGGUAGGAAGCUGACGAUUACGCAGUGGACGAGGUUUCCGAUCUACGAGACGGCGGAUUUCUGGUGGGGACGGCCGUUGUACAUCGGGCCGAUUGACCUGACGCCGACGCCGCGGGUGUGUGUUUUGCUGCCGGAAGGCGAGCCUGGCAAGAGGGUGAUUUGCAUCUACUUGUCG